UUGCGGCAUUCGGCAACCCAUGCCGACGGGAAAACAUUUCUCUGCGAUAAAUGUUCUCCUGGGGAAAUAUUAUUAGUUUCUGUGUGUUCUUAACUUCUUUUGCGGUGUAGACGUCUUUUCCUUUUUUUUCCCUUUCUUGUUCCUUCAUUUGUCUGCUCUGGUGUUGUCAAUCCUUUGUCAAGACAAUUUAUGACCUUAUCGUUUCCCUGACUGUUCCUGCGUCGAUUUCUCUUAUCCUUAUCCUGGUCCCUCGAGAUACCCCCAUAGAUUAUUCAGACCAUUCUUUUCUUUUCUUCUUUUCGGGUCUCCCACCUUUUUUAUUUCUUUCGUUUUCUUCUCUUCCUUGAAUAGAUAUACAAUUUAGACAUGAGACUCCAACAAAGACUGCCCUCGCAGCUCGCCAAACGACCAACAACGACAUCCCCGCGAUCCCCAACCCACCGAACCCGCCAACACAGAACCCAAUCCUCCAACUCACCCACACCCACAAACACGAAAGCAAAUGCGCACAAUCAACCAAAGCACGCGCCGCCCCCCUCAGGCACCGCAGCCUCAUCCGCCGGCGCGCCAACACCGCCCGUGAGCCCUGCGCCUCGAUCUCUGGGCCAGAGAAUCCAGGCCGGCCCGGUGGGGAGACUGGGGAGGUCAUACACGCGCAUUCAGGAGCGUAGGCCGUAUGCGACGCAGGUGGUCAGUUCGAUUGUGAUUUAUCUGUGUGGGGAUUUGAGUGCGCAGUUUUUGUUUCCGUCGGAGAGUUCGAGUCCGGCGCGGGAGGCGAAGGAUGGGGAUGGGGAGCGUGAGGGGGUGGAGGGACAGGAGGGUCAGAGUAUCCUGGGAGGAUAUGAUCCAUGGAGAACGAUGCGGCAUUUGGCUGUUGGUGUGGGAUCGAGUAUUCCAACGUUCAAAUGGUUCAUGUUCCUCCAUCGCAACUUCAACUACUCGUCCAAGUUCCUCUCUAUCCUGACCAAAGUCACCGUUCAGCAAAUCGUCUUCACCCCGGUCUUCAACACGUACUUUUUCAGUUUGCAAUCUCUCCUCUCGGGCGCGACACUGGGGGAGACAUUUGAGCGGUUGAAGAAGGCUCUACCCCUGAGUAUCCAGAACAGUGUCAAGCUGUGGCCGGCUGUCACGGCAUUCAGUUUCAUGUACGUCGCGCCGCAGUUCAGGAGUAUUUUCUCGGGCUGUAUUGCUGUUGGAUGGCAGACGUAUCUGAGUUGGUUGAAUCAGAAGGCUGCGAAGGAGGUUGCGGCGGCUGAGUACGCGGAGAUGAUGUCCUCAAAGGCGUUGACGUCUAGUGGGAUUGAUUCUUCGGCGACCUUGAAGACGUGAUGAUCUGAUAAAUGAUCGUGUUUAAAAUCGCUCUUUUUGACCCAGUCGGUUUCGUGUGAAUAUGGCGGUGUUGGCUGUACAUAGAAUUACCCUCAUGUUUUUGAGCGUUGAGAUACCAGAUAGAUAGACUCUUUCAAUGAUGAUACUUUGUACAUAUUAUAGAAACAAGCAAUAAACCCCAACCUGUAAAUACAAACGCAUUUUUUAAUCAUCGCACGACGAGUGGAAUGAUUAA